AUGGUGACGACGGUACUUCCGUUAAAGAAAAGAAGGCCAAUAAUACCAUUUCCAAACCAAAAGAAUAAAACCACAAUCACCGAAGAAUUCAAAACCGGUUUGCACAUAGUAAUCUACAGAGCCGAAGGCAUUGACAAAUGUGAAGAGAUUCACAGCAAGGUUGCUGAAGGUGUCAGGAACAGAGGUUACAAUGUGGUGCAUUGGAUAAAACCCGGUGAAGAAAUCCACACAAAGGUUGUUGAAGGUGUUACCCCUGUAUGGAAUCAAAGUGACGUUAUCUUGUUAGAGAAUCUUGAUGACCAAGUUUUUCUGAAUGUUGAGGUACAGAGGUUUAACUCUUUGGCUGAUCCUGGAUCGUCCAGUGGUAAAGUCGUGGUGGGGAGAGUGAAGAUUCCGAUUCCAGUGGCGUAUAAUCGAAGAAAAGUGGGCUCUUUUCCUCUGCUUAGGAGGGAUGGAAAUUGCCAUAGGCUUGAAGGGCGUGUUCUACUUGCUAUCAGACUUCAGAGAAUCAAACCUGACGCACCUUUUCAAUUUUGUGCUGAUGACCUGUUUUUCGAUGAUGAUCUUAUACUUUGA